CAGUGUUGGUACGGCCUGGUGAUCGCCCAAAUCGCGGAAACUGUCAAAAUAUCGCGUGCUACCGCCGAUUUCCGUGUUUAUCGGCCCCUGAGGCGCCGCCAACGCUGUGACGAGUGGUUGUUCGGCCUUUGGUGAUGGUGUAGAGGUGCAACGCGAGCGUCGGUGGGACAUGGCCGUUGUGAAUUUCGCCAUGUCCCCUCUCAGGCGACGGAACUGCUUCCUGGUGCUCGCCUUCAUCGUCUUCAUCCCUUUCUGUCUGUUUGUGCUCUUUUCGGUGCCAGAUGUAAGCUCGGAACAGAUGCUAGUGCAGAGGCUGGCCGAGCUGCAAGUAAAACUGCAGUACCUGGACUCCAUGUAUAGGGCGAGACAGGAGGACCUCCAGCAGCUGACCCAGCACAUCGACCAGAUCGCCAUCCCCAACGACAACACCACCACGCUGAUCCUCCCGCCGCAAGAGCUGCGCCCCGAAGUGAAACAGCUGAUCAAGAACAUGUCGGGCAUGAGCGCGGCUACAGGAAUCAACCCUCCCAUCAUGCUGCGGUUGCCGUCGUCCUACCACUUCCUGCCGCACCUCCUUGACGAUCCCUCCAGCCUGCGGCUGGCCUACUUGAUGUCGAAGAACAGGAACGGGGUGUCGGUGGUGAUGGGGGUGCCAACCGUCAAGAGGGAGAAGCAAAGCUACUUGUUGGACACUCUGCAGAACUUAAUCGAGGGGAUGACUGCGGAGGAAGCCAACGACUCGCUCAUUGUCGUCUUCGUGGCUGAGACCGACCUGGAAUACGUCCUGCAAGUUGCCAAAGAAAUAGAAAUGAGGUUUCCCAUCCAGGUGGAUUCCGGCCUAAUAGAGGUGGUUUCUCCGUCUCCGGCGUACUAUCCAAACUUCGACAAACUCCGGAUAACUUUGGGCGACUCCCCGGAACGUGUUCGAUGGCGUUCCAAGCAGAAUCUGGACUUCGCCUUUCUGAUGUCUUACUCACAGCCAAAAGGGACGUUCUACGUUCAGCUGGAGGACGACAUCCUGGCUAGACCGUCGUACGUUACAGAGAUGAAGAAGUUCGCCAUAGAAAAAAUAGCCAGGAAAGAGCCGUGGUUCGUGCUGGACUUUUGCCAGCUGGGUUUUAUCGGGAAAAUGUUCAAGAGCGCGGAACUUCCUUGGCUAAUUCAAUUUUUCCAAAUGUUUUACAACGAUAAGCCGGUAGACUGGCUCCUGGACCACUUGAUUUAUACCAAGAUUUGCAACUGGGAAAAAAAUAACGACAACUGCAAGAGAGAUAAGGCGAAAAUGUGGAUCCACUACAAGCCGUCCCUCUUCCAGCACAUCGGGACCCAUUCGUCUCUGAAAGGCAAAGUUCAGAAGCUCAAGGACAAGCAGUUCGGUAAAGUCGCCCUCUUUUUUCCCCACAGCAACCCAGAGGCGGAGAUCGUCUCCGGUAUCAAGCACUACAAGCAGUACACGUUAGAAAGGGCCUAUCUGGGAGAAACGUUUUUCUGGGGUCUCCUUCCGCAGCCGGGAGAUCAGCUCGUCUUUAAGUUCGCCACUCCGAUAACCAUUAAAAGGUUCUACUUCAAGAGCGGCAAUGCGGAACAUCCCUCCGAUAAAUUCUACAACACGACCGUCGAAGUGCUGCCUGUGGAAUCCAAUCAGUACGGCAAUUCUUUGAACGUGACAAGUGACGGUUAUAUUGUUGUGGGUAAAUUCGACAACACGGGCGUAGCUACUGGCGUGCCGGACGAGGGAAUAGGCAAAGUUCAUUCUUUGCGACUCAACGUACACAGCGAAAGCGACAAUUGGGCGAUUCUGAGCGAGAUACACAUCCAGGAUGAAGUGGUCAGCAGGUGACCAACGACGGGCGGCCGAGCCAACCAAGCAACCCAGCUCUACCCGCACGUCAGGCAUGUGCUCGACCGCUCAUCUUCGCAUCCUCUGUGAUAUACGAAGCCCCACGACAUCCCGCGACGUCACAUAACGGACGUUCGCCGAAAGCGGAACGAAGUGAUUCGAGAGGCGUCUUGUACCAUUUAGGCAGUUUCGGGCUGGUUUCGGAAACCGCGACGUCGCUUGCCCCACGCGACUUAAAGUCACACAUCGGAAGGAUUUGCUCGAUAAAAAUGAUGUCGUUACCAUUUUUGAUACCAUUUCAACGAUUAACCGACACAAAUGUUUAGAAGGAAUUAAGAUUCCAAUGCACUAACGGUAAUAAAAUACAACGUACUAAAUAAGAGAACAAGUACUGACUGAUGACUAAAGAUCUAGUUUCUUACAUCUAAGAUUAAAGGAAUAACGCGAUUGACUUGACUAUACUGUGAAGUGGACAUUGUUUUGCGUCGGAUUAUGAACAACGAUAAUAAUCUACGUUUCGUUUUCUGUGAGCUGUCGUCAGUUUCGUUGCUUCAGUAUAUUUUUUAAACAUCAAAUCACAUGGUCGAUAUACCCAAUUCUUCUAGGGUCUAAAGCUUUUUGGAUCAAAUUUGAAAGUUUCUAAAUGUUGAUGUAACAUGUAACAGCAUGAUGCAACUUGGAACAACAGAAUUGUGUGACCUACUCUAUUUUUUUUGUUCAUGCUUAGGCGAUGUUGUGGAAGAACAAAACUGUUAUUAUUUAUAUUAUUUUGGGCACUUUGAACUGAUUAGAAGGUCGGGGUAAUAAACCAUUUUGAUGAUGCAUGUAUUGGGGUCUUGGAAAUUGUAAGAGAUGGAAAAACAAAUGGAGAUGGACUAUUUUGUUGCACACUUAACGACGGCGUUGUCCUGCUCUAACUGCAUAUGUUUUAGAGAAGACUUACAAUUUUGUUGAUGUGACUGAAACCAGUGACAUCAACGUGAACUAGGAACAUAUUUUUCAGAAUGUCUCAAAUCUGGAGUUUGGCACCUUUUAAUAUCCACCAAAUUGAAAUUCUUUGCUAAUAGUUGCCUUGAUCAAGUUUUCAGAUUCUAAAAAUUCUUUGUUUCCAAAAAAAUCUUGUGACGUUUUUGAGAUCACAAUACAUGCAUCACCGAAAUUGUCCGCCAUUUUUAAUUCGGAGUGUACAAAAGCCUGGAAAUCUCAGAAAAUCUGAAACUAUCAGGGAAUUUCUUUAGCAGUCAUGGAACUUUUAUGGACAUGGAAAGAAAUGGUCAAAUAUUUUUUUCGUCUGAAUACCAAAUUUGAACCUCAAGGAUUGCUUCUUUGGGAGAAAAUAUACUGAUUUGGAUCAAGUUAAAGUAUUACAAUCUUGCUUCUUUGCAUAGUUACAUACCGCCUUCAGAAAAAAAAUAUUUUAUUUUUUGAAGAGUUGGUAAAAAUAUGAGUAUAAUAUUCCCAAUCGGAAGCUAAGAACAAAGUAAUUAAUUUUUUAUAUUUCCCUAUAUUAUAAAACAUUUACGUUUUCUGAAAAUACCUACCAACAAAAGAAACAUGGCAGACAACAAAAGGUGUUCCUAGUGACUUAUAUGGUUUAAAUAAAAAAAAAAUAGCUCGUCUUCGUAUUCGACCACACCUAAAACAUCUUCUGACCAAAUUUCAUUCAAAUAUUUUGAAGGUAACGAAAGAAACAAACAAUUUGUACCACUCUUGAAGUUUUGCUUCCGGACACCUUAUACAGGAUGUUUGUAAAUAAGUGCCAAAUAUUUGAAGGGGUUAUUUUGUGAAAAAAAGUUC